AUGUCCAAGCCGAAGACCAUGGGCUUAUUUCGACCUUGGAACGAUAUGGAGACAACAAACAAGGCUUCCGAAAUCGUCAUCGUUGACAACGCGCUCCGCAACGUGUCCAGUAGCAGGCAGGAAGACGACGAACAGGUCGUGUCCUCGACGACGUCGACAACUUUAACGAGCACCGCUGAAACAUCCGACGACUGUGACGGCAAUGUCUUGGAUGAAGGAACGGCGGCCUCGACGUCGUUAACCGGUUCUCGUCGUACGCGGAUAGAGAAAGGCGAGUCUUUCGACGACGUAGCGACGACCAGAACUACGCCAUCCCUUAAAGACGAGGAGGAAGCCUUUGUCGUGCAAGGCGCGAGGCGCAGCUCACGUGCCUUUCAUCUGCAGGAACCAGUGAACUCGAUGAUUCCCGUGCCGCGCGUGACUCCCACUCGGGAUUCGGACGAGUUCAACGAUUCUAGUGACGUUAUUUCGUCGAAUUAUCUGUCGGCGCUUCGAGAAUUUCGACCGUCGGAGGAUUUUGCCGCGAUUAUCGGAGCUUAUCCGAUGACGGUCGCGAAUUCGGAUGUCGCGGGACCGUGGACUGUGAGCUCCGAUCGCAUUCCCGACGUUCCCAGGAUACAUCCCGGCAUUUAUUCUGGAAUACACCCCGGAUUUCAGCCCGGCAUCUAUCCUGGAAUCUUUCCUUUAAACCUUUAUAAUCACUCCGUGGAAGAAGCGGUGCAAAUGGUGCACCGGCAGGAUGUUGUCGCUAAAGAGAUGAAGAAGAUGCGCCCGAAGAAACACAGCUGCCCACAUUGCAGCAUGGCAUUCAGUAACGGCGGUCAGCUUACCGGACACAUUCGCAUACAUACUGGUGAGAGACCGUUCAAGUGCGACGUCGAGACCUGCGGAAAACGGUUCACGAGAAACGAGGAACUCACGCGGCACAAACGAAUUCAUACUGGCGUUCGGCCUUACUCCUGUGUCUUUUGCAAGAAGCGGUUCGGACGCAAAGAUCAUCUCAAAAAGCAUAUGAGGACUCAUGAGGUACGCGAUUCGUAUCGCGUUUCGACAGCGGCGUUGGGCAUGAUCGCUUCUCUAAGUUACCCGUUUCAACAAUCUACCGAGCUUUCGCCUUAUCUCUAUCAGAUCUGA